AUGGCAUUACCAAGUAGAUGGAGUGUCGAAGAUAAAUAUGAUCAUUUAAGAGCAGAUGGGCUCGCAGUUAGUCACACAUCUUGGGGAAGAGAUAGUGUUUUAUAUGGGUAUUAUGGUAUUAAUGGAAAAUUUUUUGACGGUACUGAUGGUAGUGAACCAUAUGGGCCGACGCUUGAAGGUAUCCUGUAUCCUUGUGUUGUACUGGGAUCUAUCGCAUCAAUAGAAGGGAAUUUUGGUAAAAAAAAGUUCAAAUAUGAAGGAAUAUAUUAUGAUCAAGCUAAUAAGACUUUCAUAGACGUUAAAUGGUUAAUAGAGCAAAAGAAAAUUUUUGAGGAAAAAGGAUUAGAAAAACAACUAACAGAAUCUCAAGAUAAGCUAAAUAGCUCUCAAAAGGGAUUAGAAGAAUUAAGAAAACAGCUAACAGAAUCUCAGAAAAUCAUUCAGAGUAAAGAAAAUGAGAUAGAAGAGAAAAAUAAAAAUGUAUCAGAAAUUUUAGACAAAUUAAAUAAUACUCAAAACGAAUUAGAAGUAUUUAAAAAACAACUAACAGAAUCUCAGAAAAUCAUUCAAAGUAAAGAAGAUGAGGUGGAAGAGAAAAAUAAAAAUGCAUCAGAAACCUUAAAUCAACUAAAUAACUCUCAAAAAGAAUUAGAAGAAUUAAGAAAACAGCUAACAGAAUCUCAGAAAAUCAUUCAAAGUAAAGAAAAUGAGGUAGUAGAGAAAAAUAAAAAUGUAUCAGAAAUUUUAGACAAACUAAAUAAUUCUCAAAACGAAUUAGAAGUAUUUAAAAAACAACUAACAGAAUCUCAAAAUAAAGAAAACAUACUAAAGAACCAUUCUGCAAAAUUAUAUGACAAGAAAUCUGAUAUAGAUGAAAAAAGCGAAAGAUCAACUCUACAAAAUAGACAGGCUGAAUUUCUUAAGAAGAAGGUGAAAGAUCUCAAAGAAAAUGAAACAACGUUACAGAAUGAACUAAAAAAAAAAGAGCAGGUGAUAAAAGAAGCAAAAGAAAAAGGCAAAGAAUCAGAAAAAAAAUUACAUGAACAAAUUAAAGCACUACAAAUAAAAUUAAAAAAAAAAGAACAGGAAAUAACAGUAGCAAAUGAAAUACGCAAAGAAUCCGAGAAAUUACAUGAACAAAUCAAAACACUACAAAUACAAAUAAAAGAAAAAGAGUAUGAGCUGUCAAAAGAGAAAGAAAUAUGUGAAAAAAAAUUAAAAGAAGGAAAAAGAUCUAGUGAAGCGUUGGAAAAACUACACAAAGAAUUGACUAAAAUUCUUGUUGCACAAGCAGAAUAUAAAAAAGAUAUAGAGGCAUUAAAAGAAAAAUUAGAGGAUCCAAAUGUAGAAAAAUCCGAAAUUUUAUCAAAAAUUGACGAAUUAGAGAUCCUUUUUAGUGGAAAAAUUGCGGAUGCGAAAAGCAUAGAAAAGAGAAUGGAUUUGGUGAGAAAAAAUCCAGAUGAUAUGGCAGAUGAGCUACGCAAAAUACUUGAAAGCAUAAAACCAACAAAAGAUGGUCUUUCUAGAGAAAACACUUUACUAGAGGAUAUUUUCAAUUUUUAUGGCUACGGGAGAGUAGAAAAUCAUAAAAAGUUGAAAAAUCUUUCUAUUAAAAUUGGAUAUAUAAAAGCAAAUUUAUUCUCCUGUCCUAAAUUAAAACCUCAUAAAGAAGAAAUUAUUAGAAAAACUGAAGAGUUUUGUAAAUUAGUUCCUAUGCGAAAAGAAAUAAUUCAAAAAUUUACCAACAAAAUUGAGCAACUAGAAAUGGAAAAAAUUAAAGAAUGUAAAAAAACGAUUGAACUAAUAGAAAUUAAGUUAAGAGAAUGUGAAAAGUUACUAAAUCUUUCGAUUGAAAAAGUUCCUAAAUGCCAUCGUUCCCUAUUGGAAAAAAAUAAUCAUACUUUAACUACCAAUAUAACACUUAAUAAAUAUCUAACCAAACAUGAAAUUGAAGAAAUUAUUCAAGAACGAAAGAAAAUUUCAGAGCUAGAAGACGAAUUAAAAGAAAAGAAAGAUGAGUUAAAAAAAUUGGAAGAAAAAAUUAGUGAAGGGACAAAAGAUAAAAGACAAAAUUCUCUGGAAAUUUAA